AUGAAUGAUUCUCCAAUAAAUAUAUUUUGGACGUUUAGUAGCAGUAGCAAGGAAGGCAACAGUAUCGGUAAUGCCACAGCUUCUUAUGAGAGAGAGGAAGAUGGUGCACCUGUCACCAUGAACCGGGAGAACGUGUCAACAAAGAUUGCAGCUGGCAUGGAUCGAUGGCAGAAUACACUAGAAGAAAUGAUUCAUUUGCGGUCUUCGAAUAACCAAGCUUUUAAAGAUAACUAUUGGGCACAAAACGGCUUCGAUGAACUUCGUCGUUAUGUCAAACAAGGGAGCGACUUUAGCAAAGAAUUGGCGGCAAUACUUCAAGAAAGGAUUGAAGCGGAGAUUUACUAUUCCAAAUGUCUCGCAAAACUUGGCACGAAGUUAAGCAAGGCAUGUAAAGAGAGUGUCGGUUCCUGUGCAGAUGCGUGGAAACACGUCGCUAUAGAAAUGGAAAAACGUUCGGAAAUACAUAGAAACUACUCCAGUGCCUUGGCUGAAGAGUUAGUGAAACCAAUGAAAAACAUUAUCGAUAAUCAACUUAAAUUGAGAAAAAAGAUCGAGGGAAAUGUGGACAAAACGACACGUGCUCUUACUGACUGGAGAACAGCCGAAGCGAAGUCGAAACGCCAAUCACACGCAGCGGCGAGGGAGAACGAAAAAUUGCAAGACGCCGUUUUGGAUAUUAGCCGCAUGUCACGCAGCUCAAGCGUUGGACAUAUUCCACACUCGAUCCUGAGUACGGCCCGAGCGGAACGAUUGGCUAACUCUACAAGCGAGCGAGACGCCGCAAAGCUACAAGUUAAGAAGAGGAAGACUGAAGACGCUGUUAAAAAGACUGAAGUUGAGUAUUAUAAUGUAUGCGUUCAAGCGGAACGAGCGAGAUUAGAAUGGGAGACAAGUGUUGUGAAAGGUGCUGGGAUGCUAGAAUCUCUCGAGGAAGAGAGACUUGCUCAGUUGAAGAGCUCAGCCGAUUGCUAUUUAAGGUUGACGGCGGCGGUGCCGCCCCAGCUAGCGGAGGUAACAAAUGCAUUAGUAAGUCCCAUAAAAAACGCAAACGCUAAUGUUGAUAUGCGAGUAGUUCGCGGAGUGAGAUCGUCGCCGACUGGAGCGAGCGAACAACUUUUGCCCGACUUUUACUGCGAACAUACGACUCUCGCGAUGAACAGGGAACGCCGUAAGCAAGCAUUAUUAAAAAUUUUGCAAUUAGUAAAACAAGACAUAGAUCGAGAACGCAAGUCCAAGCAGGGAUUGGAGAAACUCUCUAUGGCUAUGAAACAAACACCAACAUUUGGUAAUGAUGAUUCUCAACAGAAUGUUGCAGACAAACUAUAUCACAUGAGGUCAAUGCUAACAUAUUUAGAAGCGGUUCGGUAUAAAAUAUCAGCCAGUCUAAGUGAACUUGAUAACAGGUCUCCAGUGCAACAUCCCCUCGCCACCCAUAUACAAAUUAUUAGAGACAAACAAGGACUUCAGCAGAGCAUCCUUAAAGUGCCUCCAUGGCUUCAAGAAGACUAUCAAAAUGAGGUGAACAAAAACCUACAACCCAACUAUACGGCUUUGACGAAAAGCGUAAACGGUGCUGAAGAACGGGAGAGACGCGACUCCAUCAUGAGCAGGGCGUCGAGUAAACUUCGCAUAGAGCAUUUAUCGUUUAAAAAGAACACAGAUAAUAAGAGUGCGUCGGUCUGUGCAGAUUUACCAACUCCUCCGUUAAAAAGUUUGGCACCACAAAUACCACCGCCGCCAGAAAGCCCGUUGGAUUGGAGUGAACGCGGUGCUGGAGAUGGACUGUCCAAUCAACAUGACAGUGACUUUGACGAAUUUUCGUCACAGACCGAUAGCUCAACGGACCUGACUGAUAUUGGAAAGAGUGACAGUAACGGGGAAGCAGCGCAAAAGUUUAUAGGUCGAUGUCGCGCUCUCUACUCCUAUGAAGCGAGGCUGGACGAUGAAUUAACUCUAUCACCAGGUGAUAUUAUAAAUAUCCACGAAAAACAAGACGAUGUGUGGUGGACAGGAGACCUCAACGGGUGUUACGGCAUAUUUCCAUCCUCGUAUGUUGAAGAAAUCACUACUUGUAUAUGA